AUGCUGUCGUAUGACGACAUGACGCCAAAGCAACGCCAGUUGUAUGAUCAAGUCAAGAAUAACACGACAGGAAGACUUGAGUUGGAUGGUUCGCAGACGGACGACGCUGACAUGCAGGCGAUCGCGGAAGCACUCAAGGUGAACGAAACAGUGACGCAUAUUUCUCUGCGAAACAAUCGCGUUGGCCCUGUCGGAGCGCAGGCAAUUGCUCAAGUCCUCAAGGUGACCAAGACGAUCGCAGUGCUCAACCUGAAUUCAAACACAGUCCAAGAUGCAGGCGUGCAGGCAAUUGCUGAGGCCCUCAAGGUGAACGACAGCCUGACAGAGCUCUUCGCCGCUGGAGCACACGCCAUCGGGGAAGCUCUGAAAGUGAACAACACGCUGCUUUGGCUCGGGCUGGAUGCGAACCAGAUUGGCGAUGCUGGAGCGCAAGCGAUUGCCGAGGCUCUCCACGCGAACACGAGACUGAAAGUGCUCGUUCUGUUUGCAAACCAGAUUGGCAAUGCUGGCGCGCAGGCGAUUGCUGAGGCGCUCAAAGUGAACUCGACAUUGAAGAAACUCUACUUGGAGAUGAAUCAAAUUGGUGAUGCUGGUGCACAGGCGGUUGCUGAGGGUCUUAAAAUGAACCAAAAGCUGGCCCGGCUUCGUCUGGAUUACAAUCAAAUUGGCACUGUCGGUGUCCGAGCACUCGCCGAGGCACUCAAAGUGAAUACGAAAUUGCAGGGGCUUUGGCUCACUUUCAAUUGCAUUGACUAUGCGGGGACUCGAGCGAUCCAUGCGGUGCGCCAAGUCAACCCCAACCUGAGUCAACUUGAUACGAACUACCAGCUGAGCGAUCUUGUGCUGUCCAUGCUUCCCCGAUUGACGACGACUGCUGAGGACUGUCGAUUCGUGUUUCGCCUGCUGAUGAACAACCCGGAGGAGGAACAGAAGGAUUGGACCUCUGUUUUACCCUCCUUGCCAGCAGAGAUUGUCGAGCGCAUCAUGGACGACGCCUGCUACUGGCAAGUAGUGCGCACCCAACGCCGCACAGCGGAGGGCAAAGACUCCGAUUUGAUUGCAAAAGUCACUGUGCCCCCAGGACAUUCGAAAGUCACUGUGCCGCCUGGACUUUCGACACGCGACGAGCAAGGUGUUGUCCGAUACGAAGGUGCCGUUACGCUGGCUGCUGCUGAUGUGACUACCGAGUUUGUGACAAUCCGAGCAGCAGAUGAACCGCGCAUCCGACAAAUGCGCGAGGGCUGGGAAGUUCAAAUUCGACUCACCCCGGCAGCUCCUGUGUGGCAAUUUCUUAACGUUGGACCUCAAGAUAUGGUAAUGGAGUCGCUUUCUGUCGGAUAUUGGAGCGACGAGCUUUGA